GCGGCAUUGGCCAUCACUAGGCGAUCUUACCGGCUUCCGACCGACAAUGAUCUCGAAUAUCCUCGCUACGGACAUGCAGAGACACUUCGAGUACAUGGGAAGCUUGGGCGAGUUGAAGAAGAAAGUCGAGAGCAGUAACACCAGUCUUAACAGUUGGUCCGACAAGGAUCGAGAUCAUGCUCGGGAACUGAUGAUGGCUUUACUGAUGAAAGCAGCCGACAUCUCGAACGUAGCACGGCCAUUCGACAUUUCCUCGCGAUGGGCGCGCACGCUCAUGAAUGAGUUCGCACGCCAAGGUGAGCUGGAAAGCGAGCUAAGCAUGCCAACGUGUCUCUUUGGCGGGCCACCCAAUAAGGAAGAUAUACUUGCCGCCGCUCAAAGUCAGAAAGGCUUCAUGAGCUUAUUCGGCUUUCCACUGUUUUCUGGCAUGAGAGAAGUCAUGCCAAGUGUGGCGUGCGCCAUCGCGGAGUUGGAGAAAAACACCAAGAUCUGGGAGGAGAAGAUUGCUUACGAAAAGCAGCGACGAGAGACCGACGUUGAAAAUGCGCCUCUGACUUUCAGUUCGGUUUCGAAGGAGGAGGUUGAGGAGGCCAAGAUUAGACAUCGUCGGUCAGAGCCACUUGCAGUGCCAGAGGCUAUUCCUCACGUACCAACUUCACCGACCAAGCGAAAGCCAGUCUUGGACUCUGCACUCGCCUCCGAAGAACAUCCCGCGCACGAGCAAAGACAACACCUGACGCUUGGCAUGUCUGAAAACAGUGACUUGCGAGCUUCUUCACCAGCUCUGCCGGCACCGGCCAUACCGAUGAGUCAGCCCGGCGGAGCCUCACGAAGAUCGAGUAAGGAUGUCGCAUUGGACUCGUUGCAGCAUCACAGCACAUUCGCUCAUACUGCUCUCAGCCCUAUCCGCAGCCCCGAGUCAAGAAGAGCCUCUGCAGACGCAGGCUGGUCAGUCCAACAGAGCUACCCCGGUUCAAGACGCGGAAGCAAAGACGAGAGCCUCACGGCCAUCUUAGUGACGAGUCAGGGUAGCCCGCGGAAGAGCUCACCAAGCUCUCCAGGCAUGACGCCGAGGCCGAGCGGCUCACCCAGCAAACAGAGUCGGAAGCGACAUAGCAUGUCGGCUGCGCCGGUGAGAGACAGUGCUUCGAGAUAUUCUGCGCCUUCUUCGAGAUCGCAUGCGACGAGUUCAGCAACGAUGGCUACAACGACCCACCAUUCGCCUUCCACGCAGCCGUCUUCGCUUACGCUUUCGGAAGAUGACGCUACGCCACCCAUACCGCAAAACCAGGGCCAGUCAGUGGCAGACGAUCCAUUUCUAGUACCUGGCAACUGGCCAAAUGAUCGAGAUAGCACCCGAUCGUCACCCUCUGACGUCUCUCUGCAACCGCCACCAGUACCGGGCGACAAAGUACGCAAGGCAGAUUCACCUCGCAACGUAGCCCGGAUGGCCAGUGGUGAGUCGGAGGAUGCAAGCGGGCGCGGCACGCCUAGAAAGGAUCGCGGUGUCCGGGAAUCGCGGAGUCGGAGUCGGUUACGAGGCCUUACGAAGUUCUGGAAGAAGAAAAGAGAUGUUUCUGGCGUUGAGGGCAAUGGUGGUGACGGCGGCUCACCAUGAGCCGCACUGUUUGCUCUCGCGCCCAAGGGUGGACGGGUUUCGCUUUGUACUGGCGCAAUUGCUGCUUUGGUGGGUCUCAGCUACUUCUUCUAUGCAGGCGUUUUGCCAUACGGCACACGUGCGCUGCGGCGCUUUCUUCUGUUGCGAUAAUGAUGGGAGGCAAGCAUGGUUUACGCAUACGAGUUCGUGAUGAGGCGCGAUGGCAGGCUGUGGUGGAUCAGCUUCUUUGUACGAUGUAACAGGGGCAGAUAGAGCGAGGGGGGAGACGACUGCGAUGACUGCGAUAGUAUUCUGCACUCUCUGAACGCAGAGUUUCCGGCAAACUAUUCCUCACAUUGCUGUCCACUACCUCAAACCAUUCCGAAUCUAUUCUGCCUGCUCUUAUUUGUCGGUGGGACUUCGGUGAACACAACAUUCCAACAAGCGAGCCACCG